AUGCUGCCCAGCACAGCCAAGGACAGCCUCUGUCUCCUGUCCACCUACCUGGAAGAACUUGAGGCUAUGGAGCUGAAGAAGUUCAAGAUAUACCUAGGGACUGCCCAGGAGGAACUGGGCCAGGACAAGAUUCCCUGGGGGCGCAUGGAGAAAGCUGGUCCCCUAGAAAUGGCCCAGUUGCUGGUGACCCAUUUGGGGACAAGAGACGCCUGGCUACUGGCUCUCAGGACGUUUGAUCGAAUCCACAGGAAGGACCUUUGGGAGAAAGGACAGAGAGAAGAGCUGGUGAGGGUUACUCCACCUGGUGCUCAGAACUCCCUUGGGAGACAAUCCACGUGCCUUCUAGAAGUGUCUCCUAGCACUCCAAGAAAAGAUCCCCAGAAACUCUACAGGGACUAUGUUCGGAGGAGAUUCCAGCUGAUGGAAGACCGCAAUGCACGUCUUGGGGAAUGUGUCAACCUGAGCCACCGCUACACCCGGCUCCUGUUAGUGAAGGAGCACUCAAAUCCCACGUGGGCCCAACAGAAGCUCUUGGACAUGGGUCGCGGACACGCGAGAUCCAUGGGCCACCAGCCCAGUUCUAUCCAGAUGGAGACCCUCUUUGAACCAGAUGAGGAGCGCCCCGAGCCACCACGAACAGUGGUCUUGCAGGGGGCAGCGGGCAUGGGGAAAUCCAUGCUGGCCCACAAGGCCAUGCUGGACUGGGCCAAUGGCAAGCUCUUCCAUGGCAAGUUCCAUUACGUCUUCUACAUCAGCUGCAGAGAGUUGAACCGCAGCCACGUGCAGUGCAGUGUCCAGGAUCUCAUCGCCAGCUGCUGGCCCGAGCCUAGCAUGCCCCUCCAGGAGCUGAUCCGGGCGCCCGAGCACUUGCUCCUCAUCAUCGACGGUUUCGAUGAACUGCAGCCUUCUUUCCACGAAGCCCAGGGACCCUGGUGCAUCUGCUGGGAAGACAGACCAUCCACGGAGCUCCUCCUGGGCAGCCUCAUUCGCAAGAAGCUGCUGCCCGAGCUGUCUCUGCUCAUCACCACGCGACCGUGUGCUCUGGAGAAGCUCCAUCGCUGCCUGGAACAUCCCAGGCACGUGCAGAUCCUGGGCUUCUCUGAGGCAGAGAAGAAAGAGUAUUGCUACCAGUACUUCCACAACGCAGAGCAGGCCCAUCAAGUGUUCAGCUUCCUGAGGGACAAUGAGCUUCUCUUCACCAUGUGCUUCGUCCCCAUGGUGUCCUGGGUAGUCUGCACCUGCCUCAAGCAGCAGCUGGAGGGUGGCGGCCUUUUAAGACAAACAUCCAGAACGACCACGGCCGUGUACAUGUUCUAUCUCCUGAGUCUGAUGCAUCCCAAGCCAGGGACUCCAACCUUCAAAGCGCCACUCAAUCACAAAGGUCUGGUGUCUCUGGCAGCGGACGGCGUGUGGAACCAGAAAAUCCUGUUUGAGGAGCGGGACCUGCAGAAACAUGGCCUGGACGGGUGUGAUGUCUCUGCCUUCCUCAACAUAAACAUCUUCCAGAAGGACAUCAACUGCGAGAAGUUCUACAGCUUCAUCCACCUGAGUUUCCAGGAGUUCUUUGCAGCCAUGUACUGUGUCCUGCACGGGGGCGAGACCGUGAGGAGGGUGCUGGCCGAGUACGGGCUUUCUGAAAGGAGCUUCGUGGCGCUCACCGCGCGGUUUCUGUUCGGGCUCCUAGACGAGGACAUGAGCCGCUACCUGGAGAAGAAUCUGGGCUGGAAGAUCUCUCCUCACAUCAAAGCGGAGCUGUUGGCCUGGAUCCACAGCAAGGCUCACAGCGAGGGCUCCACCCUGCAGCAUGGCUCCCUGGAGCUGUUCAGCUGCUUGUACGAGAUCCAGGAUGAAGAAUUCAUCCAAGAGGCCCUGAGCCCCUUCCAAGCCAUCGUGGUCAGCAACAUUGCCACCAAGAUGGAGCACAUGAUCUGCUCGUUCUGCGUGAGGCACUGCCGGAAUGUCAUGGUACUGCAUUUGUACGGUAGCGCCUACAGUGAGGGCGAGGGUGAGGGCGACCGGGACAACGGGACCGGACCUCCAGGAACCCGGACUCUGUCCAGAGACUCACCAGAGCGGAGCGCACUGCCCGAUGCCUACUGCGAGCACCUGGCAGCUGCUGUGUGCACCAACCCGAACCUGAUCGAGCUGGCCUUGGACCGCAACGCUCUGGGCAGUCGGGGUGUAGGCCGGCUCUGCCAAGGCCUCAGGCACCCCAGCUGCAAGCUCCAGAACCUGAGGCUGAAGAGGUGCCAGGUUUCAGGAUCUGCCUGCCAGGACCUUGCCAUGGCUCUUAUCGCCAACAGGAAUUUAAUAAGGAUGGACCUCAGUGGCAAUGCCUUUGGGCUUCCCGACGUGGCGCUGCUCUGUGAAGGGCUCCGGCACCCCAGGUGCCAGCUGCAGAUGAUCCAGUUGCGGAGGUGCGGCCUGGAGCCUGGGGCCUGCGGGGAGCUGGCCUCGGUGCUCAGCGCCAACGCGCACCUUGAAGAGCUGGACCUCACGGGGAACGCCCUGGAGGACCGGGGCCUCCGGCUGCUGUGCGAGGGACUGAGGCACCCCGUGUGCAGGCUGCGGACCUUGUGGCUGAAGAUCUGCCACCUUGGCCCUGCUUCCUGUGAAGACCUGGCCUCCACCCUCCGUGUGAACCAGAGCCUGACGGAGCUGGAUCUGGGCCUGAAUGACCUCGGGGACCCUGGGGUGCUGUUGCUGUGUGAGGGACUCAGUCACCCUGAGUGCAAACUCCAGAGCCUCCGAUUGGGCAUUUGCCGACUGGGCUCGGCUGCCUGUGAGGGGCUGGCCCGUGUGCUCCAAGUUCACCCGUGCAUCCGGGACCUGGACCUGAGCUUCAAUGACCUGGGAGACAAGGGCUUGUGGCUGUUAGGGGAGGGGCUGCGUCACCCCACCUGCAGGCUCCAAAAGCUGUGGUUGGACAGUUGUGGCCUCACAGCCAAAGCCUGUGAGGACCUUUCUUCCAUCCUGGGGACCAACCAGAGCCUGACUGAGCUCUACCUCACCAACAACGCCCUGGAGGAUGCAGGCGUGCGGUUGCUAUGCAGGAGGUUGAGGCACCCUGGCUGCAAACUCCGAGUCCUCUGGUUAUUUGGAAUGGCCUUGAGCAAGAUGACGCACAGGAGGCUGGCCGCGCUGCGGGCAGCAAAACCGUACUUGGACAUUGGCUGCUGA